GAUGCCUGCAAAGAUUGACACUGAACUCAAUCUCCGGUUCUUGUACAUCUGCUUCAAGCAUUCGAACUUCAGCACAGUCGCUUCCUACUUCCAAAUCAAGGCUCCGGCUGCUCGCAUGCGCUUGAUGCGUCUUCGUCAAGCACUCGAGGCAGAGUCCAGCAAGGAAGGCUUCAAGGAAAAGGACCGAAAGCGUCGACUCAACCCUUUCAAGGCCAAGGACAAGAUGUACGUCAACGACGGCGAAGAUGACGACGACGAAGCUCUUGACGAUGUGCCAUUGAUGCAACGUCUCCACACACGCAUGAUGCGUAUCAAGCGUGAAGAGGGCUUCAUGAUCAAGAAUGGAGACGGUACCUUGAUCAAGGACGAAGACACUGCAACGGUCAAGAACGAGGAUGAUGACUUCUGGGCAAAGAAGGAGGAAAAUGUUGAUGAGCAGGAAGAGAGGGCAAUGAUCAUCGCCGGAGAUCGUGAAGUCGGUGGCACCUACUUCAAGAGCGAGAUCAAUGAUUCCCAUCCCGAUGUGCAGCAACAAACCACUCCUGUUGGCAAAGAAGGCGCUGUCAAUCCUGAAAACGCCAGCACGGUUUACGCUCCUUCUCCAGUCCAGCAGCAUGUGCGUGCACCAUAUCCUAGCUUGAGUCAGGGAGCAACCAUGGCCAAGCCUGGGCCUUCUCCUUCUCUUGUUACACAGCACAGUGUUCCAUACCUGAGCUCAGUCAAGCUGGAGCGUAGAGACUAUGGCUAUGGACGCGACCAACACAUACCAGCUCAUCCUACCAACGCCGUUCCCUUCAACUUCCGCGCUUACGACCACACAACCACCUCAACUCCUCAUUUCCAGCACAGCGACACUGCCAAGCCAGAGCACACCAACAACAGUGGCCAUCCCGUUCCCUUCCACGGCUACAACUCAAUCUCUCGUCCCGACAUCUUCGAUCCCUUCGCACAGAACAAGCCAGAAACCGCAUACGGCAAUCCUCAUGUCACGCCUCCCUCUAACAUCGCCUCUCCUUUCCGCCUGGACAUGUUCAACACGGCUCUGACAAACUCCGUCACCCCUGGGACUGAGGCUAGGCUUAGAAGAGACUCUAUCGUGUCGGUCGUUGAUUCGCAAAUGGUCGUGGAUGAUGCCUCUGAGGCUUCAUCUGACAUGGGCUAUCCAUCUCCUGUCGCACGUCAGUCUUACCAGAACAUCAACUUCGGA